UUAAAGUAAUUUACUUUUGCAUAAAAAUUGUUAAUACAAUUUGCAACGUUAAAAAUAUAUAUUAUAUUAGUAAAAGGUUAAAUAUGAUUACGAUAUCCAUACGAAUAUAAAUAUAAUGAUAAUCAAAGUUUAUGUAACUGUAUAGAGAUCGAUGCCGAUGUUAAUUGUAUUAGCAGAUACGAAUAAUCUGUAUGAUUAACGAGAAAUCUUUUGGUGCUACCAAUUUAUGUGCGUUAUGUGCAUUUUCUAUAAUUUAUGAAAAAAAUUAAUAUGUAUUAUCAAUAAUUAAUAAUUUAUAAAGACGUUACUAAUAAUUAAAUUUAUGGAAGACGUUACUAUCUUUAAAAAUGCAUUAAUUAUGUUUGCAGGAUGACAUAAGUAGACAUUUAAUCACUGUUAAGUGUAAUGCAAAUAUAUAUUCGAAGAAUAUAAAAUAUACAUUAACGAUCAACUAAUGUUAUUAUUUAUUCUUUCCAUGCACUUUUUUAUGAAGUUAAUUCGCGCUUUAAUCCGCUGCUAUGCAAUUGUUUGAUCAAUACUGGAAUAUUAGAUAGUUCAAGACAGUUGUGAAUAUGACAGUUGAUUCUUCAUAAUUACAGCGUAUAAUACACAGCAAUUAAAUACAGUGCAGAUUAUGGCGAGAAGAAACAUGAAACGUCGUAAGAUACAUAUCUUAUAAGUUUAACGAUUAAUCGAAAAUUGACAAUUUUUUUGAUUAGUGGACCAUGUUUACACUGUGUGCAGUGUAAAUAACUAUUUCAGAUUAUCAAAAGCUUUGAAGACCAAUCUCUUUGUAAGUAUUUCUCGAUUAAUGGAGCACAACAAUGAUUUAAAACAUUGAAAACACAGCGUAUGAAUUGUAUUUCUUAAAUUAUUCAAUUUAUUAACAUUAUUUUGCAAAAAUAUCAAUAUCCUGAAUCUCCAAACAGCGAAGAAUCUCAAGAUUAUAGAGACAACUUAAAAUACAAGUUGUGCGAUUAUUCUUUAAAUCUUGGGUAAGUAUUUAUCGUUUUUGUUCUCUUAUCAAAUUCUGUACAUUAAAAUAUUCAUUUUGAUACUUUGAAAUUCUAACAUUUACCUUCAAUUUUAUUAAAUUUACAGAAAAAUGGCUGUACGAAGCGAGGCAGUUGGAGUCACGGGCGAAAGUAUGUACAAACGUUUUCGGAGACCGAUGAUACCAUUUGCAGCGCCAAAGAUACAAACUGCAGACUGCAGCAGUCCACGCUACUUAGAACACAAGAUACUAAGUGGAAUUUUGCAAAGCACACGAAGACAAUGUUACACCGCAUCGCCUAAGUUGGAACAGCUGAGAAACGCGGAAACGCAAACAGAUUACAGAGAAAGCGAGACGCAAACCGAGCCUUGGGAACCGCCAUACAAAGUUAUUCCAGGUCACAAUCCUGAAAUAUUGACGUUGGCCAAUUUAACUUGGAAACAUGGAUUACCCGCGGGUAUCCACGAGGUGCAUAUUAUCAACAGGAUGCGGAUGAAAAGAGCUUGGGAGGCUAUUGCCCCGCCGAUGGAUACUCCAGCGAAUAUAAAGAUGCGGAGCUCGAUAAUAACUGCCUUGGAAGUUGAAGAAUGGGCGUUCCGGGAGUCAGAGAUCCAAUUUAUAAUGGAUUUGCGAUUAAAUCUGAUGAGGAACCUUUUACAAGACCGCGAGUCGAAGUAUGAGACGAAAGUGCGAGGCCGUUUCAAUAGACUCCAGGAUAAAUUGGGGAAACGUCGGAACGACCAAGUCGACACUAUCAGGCAGAAUCUUAAACGAAAUCUGCGGAAAUUAAACAAACUGCAUCGCGACAAGCAAGAGCCUCGCAAAUCCGACAUAAUCGAGCGGCUUACUGAUCCCAAGUCCGACUUGUAUGCGCCGCAGAUGCGUCUUGGCGAGCAUUCUGAAAGACGGCACGAAACAUUACGGAAGCGAUUUCUAAGUGAGAGCUACAUCGAUCGUGAGUAUAAUCAGUUCCAAUUCAACAUUAACAUUUCGUGUAAUUAUUACUAUUCAAUUUCUCGCAAUUGUUGCUUAGAAGAAGAAGAUACGACGCUCAGCUGGUUGCCGACCAUCGAGGAACCGAAAGCGAUCAAGUCUAAACCUAUAGACAUUUGUAUACGAGAAACGAGAUGGACGGAGGAGAAACUGGAACAGCUCCAUUCCGACCUGAAGGCCAUUCGGAUGAACGUCAAAUCCGUAGAUGUGAUUCCAAGAUUGAUGAAGCGUAAAUACAAACAGUCGCCUUUGCCCGUUACACCACGCAGAUCGGGCGUAUGGGACAGUAAACAGAAACAGCGGGAGGAGUCUGCUACAUUUAUUCAGAAAUUUGUUAGAGGCAGAGCGAUACAAUGUCUGAUGCACGAAGACCGCGAUAGAUGCAAGGAUUUUAUCAGAGAAUUACAAUCGACUCAUGCGCGCGAUCAGGAGAGUCAAGAGAAGCAUCAAGAAGAAAGGAUGUAUAUCGAAUUGCAACGACUACGAAACGAGCAGUCGAUUCAAGGAGAUCGUUUGCGCGAAAUUCUCAAUUCUUUGGAAGGAAAGACAGUCUGUGGAACAUUAGAUUUCCUGAGUAAGAAGCUGAUGAGAUUAGAGGACGAACGUAGAGCCCAUGCCUUUGCCUUACUUACCGAAAGAGAAAAAUGUAUGCAGGAAGCUGCUGAAACUGAUACACAACAACAAGAAAGUUGUAGACGAGAAGAAUUUGACAAAAUAUUCAAACAAGUUGCGAAAAUAAAUCAGGAUUCGGUAGAAGCUUACUUGGAGGACGUUAUAAGUGAAGGAAUUGAUUGGAUAUCCGAUAAAACAGCUGAAGAACAUGUUUUAGAACUUUGCGAUAAGGCGGAUGUCAUAGCUAAAUAUUCCUUAGACAAUGCGAAUAAAUUGACAGAGGAGGAAUUGGUAGCGGAUAUGAUUUAUAAUUUUAUUUUACCUGAAGUGGAAAAGCAUAACAUAAGAAGACAAAUUCACGAUGAACAACAAAAUUGUAUGCAGAAUGAGAAAAUUUCAGACUUGUCAUCUUCUGAACCAUCACUAAUUAUGGAUCAAGAAAUUUGUAUAAAAAAUAAGGAUGUACGAGCAAUUAGCGUGGUUAAUACAGAACUAAAUAUUGAGAAUGAAGAAAUAAAAUUUCUAAUCCACAAAACAGAUACUGAAGAUAAAAAGCAAGAAGAUUUAGAAACGGAUUUAAAGAGCAAUUUUUUAAUUGAAGAUGAAUAAAAAUUUGUAUCGGAAAUUAAGAAGACUAUACAAUAAAGGCUUUUUGAAGUUCUUAGCUCUUUUCCGAUAUUAAAAAUUAAUUAUUGGUUGUAAUUGUAUUGCAGAAAUUGACCGUAGUAUAUUAAAUUUUAUCAAUAUAAUU